UUUCCCGCGGGAAGGUGCACGUGUGGGCGGCGUUCAAAAAGAUCUACGUUUAUUUCACGUUCUUGACCUCGCCCGCCUUUAAAACUGUGUGAAGAAGCUGAGCAGCGUCUCCCUGGCCUGGGCGUGGAGUGAGCUGGUCCCCUCAUCACCAGCACCAUAGACCAGGGGAUGAGGUGCUCCUGGCCCUCCGGCACACCCUCCUGGGCGGACCAGAGGAUGUCCACUGUGCUGGUCACUCCACACUCCUAUCAAGGCCGUGCUGGACAGGCUCAGUGACGACUCAGACACGUCAAAUAUCUUCCCUCAGAGGCACUGACAGGCUUCUACAGUGGUAGGGCUGAAACGACACAUCCUGGCGGGGGGCACCUUUGACAGCCCAGGACACACCUCCGCCCCCGCCAGCAACCUCAUCACCCGACUGCUAGUUCAGGACCCAGCGCAGUGGUCCAACUCAGAAGAGAUUGCUGCCACGAGUACCUGGCUAGUGCCCCCCCUCUUAUGUACUAGCCCUGACCUUCAGCGACGACCCCGACCCCAUGGAGGCUCUUCAAGGUGGUGGAGACCCUGUUGCACGUUCAUCUGGUGGUGGAGUUCCCUGGCGGCGGCGGCGAGCUGUUGAACACCAUCACCUCGGAGGGACGCAUGACGGAGGCACGGGCAGCGGCAGUCUUCACACAGCCGGGCCUCAGACAGUGAGUGCCGGGUGCAGCAGGAGGCGCUAACUCGCUGUUUGUCGCGCUGAACAUUGGCCCGGCGCUUGUGGCUGCCUUCCUCGGCUCUUAUGUGGAGGUGAGUGUGUCCGGAUAUGCCUUGUUGGAGUAGACACAAGUUGAGUUAAGUCUUGUGUUGAUCUUUUGAGUUUUAUGUGAGGGUUUGUGUGUCUGUAUUUCUCUGUUUUACACUAACUCAUCCCUGUGCUGCCAAAUCCCGUAUGCAAGAGUUAACCAGCUUCUUCAUUCUUUCCUGCCCUUAUUAAACCAACCAAUCCCACUGUCCCCUCCUCUUCCUAACCUAACUCAGCCCCCCACACCUAACCCAGCCUGGCCUGACCCAUCCUGCAAACUUUUUUUCUACUCUACCUCAUCCCUAUGCUGUCCAAAUCCCUUAUGCAAGAGUUGACCAGCUUCCUCACUCUCUCACCCCCUUCCUAACCUAACCCAGCCCCCCCCACACCUAAGCUAGCCUGGCCUGACCCAUCCUACAAACUCUUUUUCUACUCUAGCUCAUCUCAAUGCUGUCCAAAUCCCUUAUGCAAGAGUUAACUGGCUUCUUCAUUCUUUCACCCCCUUUCUAACCUAACCCAGCCUGGUCUGACCCAUCCUACAAACUCUUUCUACUUUAGCUCUUCCCUAUGCUGUCCAAGUCCCUUAUGCAAGAGUAAGCAGCUUCUUCAUUCCUUCAUCCCCUUGCAGCAGUACACAGGCUUUGAGUCAAUGCUGUGUGAUGCUGUUGCUCUCAUGUGCCCAGCGAUAUCAAAAAGUAAGAAAACGUCACUAGCUCUGAAGCCACUAUUUUGGGGACCAUUCUGCGGCCCUCACUGACACUCCUUCCCUCCUCCCCUCCGCCUCACAGCCCGUGGCUGCCGGCAGUGGCAUCCCGCAGGUCAAGUGUUACCUGAAUGGCGCCAAGGUGUCCUGCGUGGUGAGGAUCAAGACCCUGAUGAGCAAGGCCGUGGGGGUGACCUUCUCUGUGCUGGGAGGCCGGGCCGUGGGGAAGGUCAGGUCGUGGGCAAGGUCUGUGGCCGUGAGCUGACCACCAAGAUGCUGCUGCCCACGGUGCCAGCCAUGGCCAAGGGCAGGGUGGCCAGGACUACAGAUGAUGGGCCACUCCUAGACAAAGAGGACCUGGACACACUGUUCUGCGGCACCAGCAGCAGCAGCCUGCACAUCCAUGGCCUGCAGGAGGAGGACGAGGGGACGUACAGGUGCCGGGCGGAGAACAGGGAGGACUCGCUCGACGCCGUGGCCCACAUACAGGUCCAAGUUGCUCCGAGGUUUCUGAGGCAGCCGGCCAACGCUCUCGCCUAUGAGAAGGAGAACGUGGAGCUGGAGUGCAGCGUGUACGGCCAGCCAGAGCCCCUGCCCACUGGCUCAAGAACGGCGAGCUGCUGGUGGAGACGGAAUACCUUCAGAGUGUGAGCGGCAACAACCUGCAGAUCCUUGGCCUGGUGCGCCAGGAGUACACCGGGAUGUACCAGUGUGUGGCGCACAGCUCGCCGGGGACGCCCAGCUGUGUGUCCUUGAGUCAAGUAAGCAGCGGUGCCGUGCGGGGCAGACACUGUUCACACUGUAGCCCUUUGUUUGCAUUCAUGAGUACUGAUGUAGUGUUGUCUGCAUUGGACACAGGCAGUGACUAGUCCAGAUAAUUCCAGGUUGCUAAUAAGCCCAGACGCAAACAUUUACAAGGUUACUGAAUGUAUUCCAAUGUUUCUGGCGGGCAGCUGCAGCCGCUGGUACAGACGCUGCAGUUUUCAAAAGUGUACAUUACCCAAGUUAUUGAUGUUGAUGCAUGUGAUUUUCUUAGCAUGGCUGUAAGCAUAACCCUUUGUUGUGUUUAUUAUUCCUUGAAGACUGAAUAAAAUGCAUAGAUUACACUGUGGGCAAAGCACAAGUCUCCAGUAAUGUGUUCAUAUUUGAUUGUCCUGAAGUUUGGAAAUAUCAAAGCCGGUGCUGAGAGUUACUGACUCACUAAAAUGUGAUUUACCCGAGAAUGACUAUUUUGUUGUGGUAUUUUGAUAAUACGUUGUCUGGGCUCACCUCCAGGAAGGAGCAGCAUGCCCCCACCCACGCACAAGGCAGGUCACAGACACAGUAAGUGGGGCAGCUCAGGCACACCACUACUACUACUACUCCUUGUUUUCAAUACUUAGAAUGUCUGCUCAUUGUUGACACAGCUUGUUUACAUCAUUUGCCUUCUCUUGGUGUGGGCCUUGACAGUCACUGUGCCUACUAGUCUUUAUGCUGUUCACAAUAAUUAUUCCUGGGAUACUCAGUCCUCUACAAGCAGGAAGGAUCACUCAGGUCAGAACCAAAGGACACAACCUGGGAAUAUUUAUUGCAUAAAAAAUUCAACACAAUACUACUACUGUUAAGAUGUAUUUAGCAAAUACAGAGUUAUCCAACUGCCAUUCCAGUGAUUAUAAAGAAAUAAUAACAUUUUAGCGAGUACAUAUACAACAUUUCAUCAAAAGUAAGUAAUUCACACAUCACUUUCCUCCCUUCACUGCAGAGAACGCGUCCAGAACGUGAGUGCAGCUCCUCCAGCGAGGGACGGGAUGAAUACAAGACCCAGAUCAGCGACCUAAGUCC